CCCAUGUUGUUAAUGGCUAAGAGAUCCUAGUCUCUGAAUCUACUGAUUAACCUCGAUAAUGUCAUUCUGAUUUUGUCGCAAUCUUCUCGGACUUAUGAGCCGUUGAAACAGAUAAAUACAUUACCUCUUCUUGAUCUGUCCAAAGCCUGAUUCGGAGAAAAUUAAGUGGUCAUUCAAGAUGUGGGAAAAGCUGAAGAUUUUGGUCUGGGUUUGGUGCAUCUUGUGCGGGUCUAGUUUUGGAGGAUUCACAGUGGCAAAGAACAGAUUGGAGGUGACUUCUCCAGAAUCGAUGAAAGGAUUUUAUGACAGUUCGAUCGGAAGCUUUGGAGUCCCAAAGCUUGGAGGAACGAUGGCUGGCACCGUAGUUUAUCCGAAAUCCAACCGCAAGGCAUGUAAGAGCUUUGGCGACUUUGGUCUCUCUUUCAAUUCCAAUUCCGGAGGACCACCUACUUUUCUACUUGCUGAUCGAGGAGAUUGCUUCUUCUCACUGAAGGCAUGGAACGCGCAGAACGCCGGAGUGGCCGCCAUUCUCAUCGCUGACGACAGAUGCGAGCAAUUUUUCAACAUGGACUUUCCUGAAGAAUAUUAUCCUGGUUCUGAGUAUAUUCAGGAGAUCGUCAUCCCAUCAGCAUUCAUCAUGAAAGCUUUGGGAGAUGACAUGAAGAGGGAAUUGUCUGAUGGCCGAAAGGUUAAUGUGACUCUGGAUUGGACCGGAGCUCUUCCACACAGUGAUCUCGUACAGAACCUUGGAGAAGACAUGGACGUAAUUGAUGAAAGAGCGAGAAAGUAA